CAGCCCAGGUGAAUGUAAGCCGAUGGGGGGGGGGGCAGAUAGGGGCUUCUGUGUCAAAGGUACUACAGUAGACUGUUAGAACGGACACACAGAGGGCUCUGUCCUCUCUCCAUAAUAGCAGGCUUCCUCUCCCUUCAGACCCACAGUGGACCCACACUACAUUGAACCAACCAACACAAGCAGAAUGCGUGUAGCCUGUCUGUUAGUGCUGUUCCUAUUGGCCCUGGUGCAGCUGGGAGGCUGUCUGCUGCUAGGAGCCUUCAACAUCAAGACAUUCGGAGACAAGAAGUCCUCCAACUCAACCCUCAUGGACAUCAUCACUCAGAUAGUGCACCGUUAUGAUAUCGUGCUGAUCCAGGAAGUAAGAGACACUGACCUAUCAGCAACCAACAAACUGAUGCAGCACGUCAACAAAGGCUUGUCUCCCUAUAGGUACCGUCACAUUGUCAGUGAGGAACUGGGCCGCAGUACCUACACAGAGAGAUACCUCUACCUGUACAGAGAGGAGACGGUCUCUGUGGCUAAGAACUACACCUACGAUGACGGCUGUGAGCCCUGCGGUACAGAUACCUUCAUCAGAGAACCCUUCAUUGUCAUGUUCUCCUCGAACUACACAGCUGUGAGGAACUUUGUUUUGAUUCCUCAACACACGUCUCCAGACUUGGCAGUGAAGGAGGUUGAUGCUCUGUACGAUGUGGCCACUGAUGUCAGAGCUCGCUGGAACACCAAUGACAUAGUGCUGCUGGGGGACUUCAACGCAGGCUGUCGCUACGUCAGUGGAUCAGACUGGCAGCGGAUACGUCUCUUCACAGACGACAGAUACCACUGGCUGAUACCUGACCACGCUGACACCACGGUCUCUAACACCGACUGUCCCUACGACAGGGUGGUGGCCACCACUGAGAUGAUGAGAGGAGUGGUCCCUGGGUCGGCUGAGGUGUUCAACUACAUGACUCACCUGAAGCUCAGUCACAGCAUGGCAUUGGCUGUCAGCGACCACUACCCCGUUGAGGUGAAGCUGAUUGGUCACGCCCCUGCUGCAUGAGCCCGCCUCCAGGAAGUGUUCAGACACUCUCAAAUGGCACCCUAUUCGCUGCGUAGUGCACUACUUUGGACCAGAGCCUUCUAUAGGGAAUAGGGUGCCAGUUGAGUGUCAUCACCAUGACAUGUUUCAAUAAAACUCAGUCUAACUGGUA